GGCGCGGCGCUCAGUUGCUUCCAGAUACUGCGCGUGGCCGAAACAGAAGUAAAGUUCAAUUUGCACCAAAAAUGAGCUGCGGCACAAAGACCCUGAAGAUAUCCUCCUUCGUGUUGGAUUUUCUUUGCUGUGUGCUGGCGGCCCUGACCAUCGCAGCAUGCUCCUACGCCUUGAUUGCCUUCAGCCAUAGUCUGGCCAUUCGGGUGCCCUGCAUUUUGGGCAUAGUCCUGGGGGCCCUCCUCUUCGGAGGCACCAUCUUCGGCUGUGUUGCCGCGCUGAAAGAGAGCAUUCGUCUGACCUGGAUUUACGCUGCGAUUCUGAUGGCUCUGAUAUUCGGGCAGAUCACCGUUAUAUUCGCCCAGCCCAUCAACUUUGAGCUGCUGGCCAAUGAGACCAUCUACAGUGCCUGGCAGGGCCAGCUGUAUCACCAAGGCAGCAUGUCCUAUUAUGAAAUUAAGUAUCAUUGCUGCGGUAUGACUGGGCCCUCAAACUAUCCGGACAGCGGCCUGCGUAUACCGCAGAGCUGCUACUUCAACCAGAACACAACCGUAACCACAGAUCUCUAUACCGUGGGCUGUGAUCGACAGCUGGGUGCGGCCUUCAUCAAGGGCACCCGCUGGGAACGGAUCAGCGAUUGGUCAGUUGUUGGUGUGGAGAUGCUUACCGUGACGGUUGCUGGUCUUCUGGCCAUAACCUUACAGAAUGCAGAGCGCCGACGUCCUUAUCGCUAGGUGCUUCUCUUGAAUCCAUCUGUUAACAGUAUUAGAAGCUGUACAAAUAUGUUUAGAAAAUAUGUUUAGUACAAAACCGUUUAAAAGACUCGAACUACAAACGCUGUAUUUCAA